AAAAAUCAAAAUCCAAUAUUGAAAAGAGUAAUCCCAAAAAAAAUAACAAAGGGCAAAAAUAUGGAGAACAACAGAAACACACAGCUUGGGGCUGGCUUGUGGGGGCUAGGUUAGGAGAGAAGAGAGAGAGAGAGCAAUAGAGAGAUAGAGGAAAAUCCAAGAAAAUAAUCAAAGAAAUAAUUCUGUUUUUUCGACGAACAAAAAGAAAUCGAGAAUCCAAGAAAUCAAAAGAUAACAAAACAAAAUCUUUUAGAAAGUCAGGAAUCAAGCAGUUUGGGAAGAAGAACAAAGGGGGAACAAGGGUAUAGGGGGAGAAGAGAUGAUCAAAGAAUUCAUAAUCUGAUCAUCAUCAUCAUCGUAUUCUGUCGGCAGAGGUUUCUCUCGAUUUGUCUCUCUAUCUCCUCCUCUAGCCCCCGACAAAGCCCAAUCCCCCUUGUUCCAAUAGAAUCAUACAUUGCCCAUUUCUGCACAUUACUCCACCAACGCUACAGAGGGAAAGAGACACAAUUUUGUUGGAGAACAAACUAAUCAAGGGGAGCCGAGCCAUUAAUGAUGUGGGUUUUAGAGGAAAGGUUGUUUAAGAAGAUUUAAUCGAAGCUACAAUAAUGAGAGACCCACAUUGAACUCUUCUUUCUCGAGAAUUCUUCUUCUUCUUAGGAGGUUUUGGCGGAAGGGUUUGUUGGGUGUAAAAAAAUAUAAACCCUGGCGAUUUCCUGGUGAAAAGAUUAUUGCUUUACCUCCACUGCUGGAAGUAAUGGAGGGGAGAUGGAACCCAAUUGGAACCCAGUUUUUGUGCUUCUUGGUGUUCAUUGUUGGUGUGGGAAUUCAUGGGUCUUGGUCUCUGAACGAUGAAGGACUGGUUCUGUUCAAAUUUCGAUCAAGGGUGAGGUCGGAUCCUCAUGGUGCUCUGGCUAAUUGGAAUCUCAGAGAUGGCGACCCUUGCAUGUGGUCUGGCGUCCAUUGUGUUGCUGGUAAAGUUCAUAUAUUGAAUUUGACUGGUUGUUCUUUGGAAGGGACAUUGGCUCCUGAGCUUGGGAAACUUGUCCACUUAAGAUCUAUAGUGUUGCGGAACAAUUGCUUCUCUGGUAUUCUACCAAGCGAGAUAGGAAAUCUUAAGAAGCUUGAAAUACUAGAUUUGAGGAAUAAUUACUUGAGUGGAGCAGUUCCUGCAGAAAUUGGGAGAUCACAAACCCUAAAGUGCUUGUCAGUGAGCGGUAAUAAAUUUCGAGGUACUAUUCCAGGAGAAAUGAGGAGGCUCAAGCUAUUAUCACAUUUGGAAUUGGAUGAGAGCCUUGCAUCCUCUUCAGCCUCAGAAUUCAAAUAUGUAAAUUGCAAGAAUGAAGAUGACACAUGGAUGAUGAGGUUGAAAAAACUAUGGAGGGCCUAUUCACAUGCAAUACCAUUUACCAAAUCUCUCAGAGAAUACCUCCAUAGUUCCUCACUAUUUCAAACGUUCAAUGCUAGGGUUCAUCCUCUUCAACCCGUAAAAGGAAGUUGCUGCUGUUGUAGUACUACUAGACCACCUGCGGAUUCAACGUCUGACGUCCCUCACUUGAUACAAAAUGUAGAGAUUCUGGUCAACUUUGCCCGACGACGUAGACUGCAAGAACAACCAAGCAACCUUGUCGCCGAACCGACAAACGAUCGUGGACAAAACGACGUCGUAGUCGUCGUUCCGAUCACAAAAGGGAGUGGGAGUUUCCCGGCCGUACCGAACUCGAAAUCUCCAUCAUCACCACCAUCAAUAAGUAACGAUGCAUCGUCAGAUCAUAAUGCACCAAGUGAAUCUCCUAAAGGACCAAUCAUACACAACCACGUGCCGCCGUCGUUUUGGGACACGUGGAUCUACUUUGUAUUCGCUCUAAUGGCGGUUGUCUUGAUGGCUUUAAUCGUGAUCAUGAUAGUUCUCUGUCGGAGGCGUGGAAUGAGGCACAUUGGUCCUUGGAGGUCUGGAAUCAGUGUACAACUGCAGAAUGCAUUAGUUUCAGGGAUUCCCAAGUUGAAUAGAUCAGAACUCGAAACUGCUUGCGAAGAUUUCAGCAAUAUAAUAAACUCGUAUGACGGUUUCAUCGUGUACAAGGGGACAUUGUCCUCUGGAAUUGAGAUUGCUGUAGCUUCAACUACAACAACUUAUCGCAAGGAGUGGUCGAGGAAUGCAGAGAAGGCAUACCGAAGAAAGAUUGACACACUUUCAAAAGUGAACCAUAAGAACUUUACAAAUCUCAUUGGCUUCUGCGAGGAGGACGAACCUUUCAAUCGGAUGAUGGUGUUUGAAUACGCACCAAAUGGAACAUUGUUCGAACAUAUUCAUAUUAAAGACAUGGAGCAUCUCGACUGGACUUCCAGAAUGAGAAUCAUCAUGGGAGUAGCUUAUUGUUUGAAACACAUGCAUGACUUGAAGCCACCAGUGUCUCACACCAACUUGACUUCCAGUUCAAUCUUCUUGACAGACGAUUACGCUGCUAAGAUUGCUGAAAUCUCCUUCUUGUCACAAGCUGCAUCAAAACCCAAACCCUCGAGCGAAGACGAGGGGGAACAUUCAGAACUACCACCCAUCGUUGAUCCAGAAGCAAAUGUGUACAAUUUUGGUAUUAUAUUGCUGGAGGUGAUAUCAGGAAAGCUUCCCUACUCAGAGAAAGAAGGCCCUAUAGAGAAAUGGGCUAAGGAAUAUCUAAGUGACAAGAGUAGAAUCACCCAAAUCGUGGAUUCAUCCCUCAAGGCCUUCAAAACCAACCAACUCGAAGUAAUAUGUGAGAUUGUUCAAGAAUGCAUAAUUUCAGAUCCACGACAGAGACCGAGCAUGAGCGACAUCGUUCCUCGAUUGAAGGAAGUCAUUCCUAUAACACAAGAUCAAGCAGCACCAAGGUUGUCCCCGUUGUGGUGGGCCGAACUCGAGAUUCUGUCACAAGAGGCAAAUUGAAGUUAUUUGGGACAUUUUGAAAUCACCACUUUGCACUUUUAGAAGAUUGGUGAAUUGAUCACACUUGGUUAAGGGAUGAUUGCCAACUUGGAAUCAGCCAAAAAAUUACAUUCCCAAUCUUUGUAUAUUUUGUUCCUCCUCGAGCAUCUUUGUUGUCCAUAUGAAGAGAAAAAAAUGGAUGAAAAAUGAAAGAUUAUAUGUGACAUUGUGAUUGUAAAUCAUAUGGUGUAAAAGUACUGAGUGAUUGAUUGAUUCCUACGUAGGAUGAUAUUGUUCUUUUAUUUUUCAGUGAUGUAUAACAUCCACAAAUGAGAACUUUAUCCAUCUUAUUUUCAUUGCUUGC